AUGGCGGAAGCCACCCGCGCCCAGGCGGACGGGCGCGCGUCGGUCCUGCGGAGCAUGGGGCGCGAGGGCGACGGGGAGAGCGCAGCGGGCGAGCAGCUUCUGCUGGAGCUGCUGCAGGCGGAGGAGCAACGGCGCAUGCGCGCGCCGGGGGACGCGGAGGAGUCGGAGGAGGAGGCGGGGUUUUGGGAAGGAAGCGACGUCGCGCAAGGUGGAAAGGAGUACAGGCUGCCCCCCUCCUUCUCCGCACUUGCCACUGGCUCGCCCGCGGUCCUCCCCGCCGCUUCUGCAGCGCCUGCUGCCGCUGGCGGCGAUGGGGGGAGUGAUGAGAGCAGGGGCGCGCGGAUCGAGGGGGGAGGCGAGGGCGCGGGUCAGCGCGAGACGCGGCAGGAGCAGGGGGAGGGGGCGGGUGGCGAGGAAGGGGGCGGAGGGGUGGGGGAGGGGGAGAAGGAGGUGCCGGAGGGGUCAGUGGUACGGGAGCAGCUGGGCGGGCGCCCAGAGCUGUGGCGCGGCGUGCACGUGGCUGGGGCAACGUGGGCGGGCGCGGGCGCGGGGGUAGCGCAAGGGGAGGGGGAUGGGCUAAGGCGAGGGGAGAGACCGGGGGAAGGAGGAGGGGGAGGGGCCGCGGCAGGGCAGAGCGGAGGGGGGGAGGCAGGGGCGGGCAGCGGGACGUACCUGCAGGCGCGCGAGCUGCUGUCGAAUAUGGCCAGGAGCAUGGAGCAGCUGGAGAGCGGGCUCUCCGCCCGCCACAAGGAGAUGGGCGAGUCCACGCAGUUCAUCUCGGGCAUCCGCUCCAGCGACCCCGCUGCCGGCCAGGGCGCAGUGGUGCGGAGAGCGGAGGAGAUGGUGGCGCGCAUGCAGGUGCAGUUCGCGGCCAUGGAGAAGGAGGCGGCCCACAAGGACACCGUGCUUGACCGCCUGCUCGCGCACGCCAAGUCCACCAAGCAGCAAAUGAGGGCGGUGGAGGAGCGGUCGCGAGUGGAGAAGGACGCGUUGAGGCGGGAGAUGACGGAGCAGCAGCAGCGCAUGCAGAAGGAGCUGGAGACAGCGGCGGGGCGGGAGGAGCGGAUGAGGCGGCAGCUGAUGGAGGCGCAGGAGGGCAUCGCGCACCGGGACGCCUUCCUGCAGCAGCUGCAGGAGGAGGCCGCCCUCUCCGCCUCCGCGCUCAAACAGGCCGCCAGGGCGAUGGUGGCGGCGCGGGACCGCACGUUGAGGAUAGAGGAGCAGCUCGAGUCGAUGGGAGACCAGCUGGCCAAGGAGCGCGCCAAGACCCGCCGCGAGCGCGAAAACACCGCGCGUGUUACCGCCGAGCUGGCGGAGGCGCGCAUGGCGGCGGAGGAGAUGGCGGGGCGGGUAGGACGGCUGGAGAGCGAGGUGCAGCGCAAGGAGCGUGAGAUGCAGCAAAGCCGCCAUGAGGCGGACGCUGUCAGGGCGCAGCUUAAAGCCACCCAGCAGGCGUUGGAGGAGGCAGCGCGGCAGGCGAGGGAGGCGCAGGCAGGGAGGCAGCAGGCGGAGGCAGCGGCAGAGGAGGAGCGGGCGGCGGCAGCAGCGGCGGUGGAGGGGCAGCAGAGUGCAGAGCAGCGCCUGAGGGAGGCGCAGGCGCGGGUGGAGCUGCUGCAGGGCGAGGUGGUGUCGCUCAAGGUGGGGCGAGGUGGGGCGAGGUGGGGCGAGGUGGUGUCGCUCAAGGUGGGGGCGGGGGGGAGACAGAGGGGGUUGUUGGGAUCCCGAGGUGGAAUGAAAGUGACGUGUGGGCUGUUGGGGUGUGCUGUUGGGCUGGGCUGUUGGGGUGGGCUGUUGGGGUAUGCUGGAGGUGCUUGA